AUGCAAAUUUUUGUUAAAAGUGGAGUUGAAGUUGGAGGUGGAGGUGGAGGUGGAGGUGGAGGUGGAGGUCAAGGUGGAGGUGAAGUUGGAGGUGGUGGUGAAGAUGGAGGUGAGAACUACAAGUACAGACAUGUAAUCAAAGAUCACCUACCCAUUUCAGCCAGUUGGGAGAUGGAGAGAGAGAAAUGUCACACAAACAGAGAGUUUCAAGAGAGAUAG